AUGUGUGGUAAAACGGCUUCUGAGGUCAGUGCUGAGGGUGCGCCUGCUUUCCCACGGGCCGCCCCGGUGGGCUUUAUAAGCGCUCCUCCCCUCAUUUGCCCCUCUUUGCCCUCACGCCUCUGCAGCUGUGAGUUUGUCCCAGCUCCACGCAUUCCAGUGCUGCUGUCUGGUUCCUCUAGGCACCCAAAAACCUCUGCGCGCCAGUCUGGGGCAAAGCAGCAGCAGCAGUUGUUGGCGUGUGGCGGUGGAGUUUGUAGAUCGUAUUUGUAA